AACAGCCCGAACCAGCUCGCGAUCCCUUUCUACAACAUUCUCUGGGCCGAGGUCACUACCAAUGCGUCCUCUUCUGCAAUCACAAUCGACUACGCUCUGCCGACGUCCGCGAAGCACGUCCGCCCAGAGAAGCUCACAUACCCGCUAGGCGACGUCCCCGUGCCAGACGCCACAAAAUGGACAGAGGUCCUCCUCGCCAAGGCCUACGGCAACUCGCAGCGCCGCAAGCGCGCCAAGGCCAUCGUCAACCCUCACGCCGGGCCCGGAGGCGCCGACAAGAUCUGGGACCGCGAGGUGCGGCCCCUUUUCGAGGCGGCGCGCAUGCCCCUCGACGUCUCGCGCACGACGUAUACCGGCGAGGCCAUCACGAUCUGCGAGCAGCUCGACAUCUCCCAGUUCGACGUGGUGAUCCCGUGCUCCGGCGACGGCCUGCCGUACGAGGUUUUCAACGGGCUCGGCAAGCGGCCCGACGCGCGCAAGGCCCUGAGCGACCUCGCCGUCGCCCACAUCCCCUGCGGCAGCGGCAACGGGAUGACCUGCAACCUGUACGGCUCCCCGCCGAGCCCGAGCCUCGCGGCGCUGGGCAUCGUCAAGGGCGUGCGCGGCAAGAUGGACCUCAUGAGCGUGACGCAGGGCGACCGGCGGAUGCUCAGCUUCCUGAGCCAGAGCCUGGGCAUCAUUGCCGAGAGCGACCUGGGCACCGAGAACAUGCGCUGGAUGGGCGCGACGCGGUUCGAUGUCGGCGUGGUGCAGCGCAUCUUUAGCAAAAAGGUGUACCCGUGCGAGGUGGCCGUCAAGGUCGAGAUUGCCGACAAGCACGCCAUCAAGGCGCACUACAAGCGGGUGCGGACCCAGGAGGAGGCCACACUGGCGGCCCUGGCCAAUGGCGAAGACGUGGGCGGCGGCAGCGAGAAGCACGUGCUCGAAGAGCAGUGGGAGGGCGAGGGCUUGCCGCCGCUUAAGUACGGCACGAUCAACGACAAGGUGCCCGAAGACUGGGAGCAGACGACAUACGAGAAGAUGGGCAACUUUUACAACGGCAAUAUGGCAUGGAUGGCGCCAGCUGCCAAUUUCUUCCCAGCUGCCUGCAUCAACGACGGGCUCAUGGACCUGGUGUACAACGAUGGCGACCUGUCGGCCUCCAAGUACAUCACCCUCAUGACGGCUGUUGAGAGCGGCAAGUUCUUUGAUAACCCGCACAUGACGUACCGCAAGAUCUCGGCGUACCGCAUCACCCCGCGCGCCCAGACCCACGGGUACAUCAGCAUCGAUGGCGAGAAGGUCCCCUUUGAGCCCUUCCAGGUUGAGAUUCACCCCGGCCUGGCCACCGUGCUGAGCAAGACGGGCCGAUACGAGGCACCCGGACCGAACGGGUGGGAGCAGGCGUAG